GUGUUGUGCGUACUGCUAGCCCUGUUCGUAUUGGAUCCGAAUGCAAUUACGUUGAACAGAGGCAAUCAUGAGGAUCAUAUCAUGAAUCUUCGUUACGGGUUCACCAAGGAGCUCAUGACUAAAUACAAGUACCAGUCGGUACUCCGUCCUCCUAUCCGGAAAGGUUCUGAGAAGAAUUCGGUGAAUGUAGAUGAGUGGAAGCACAUGCGCUGGAGCUGGACGUUCUGUGGAGCGAUCCAAAGCAGAACAAAGACACGGAUUCAGUCUGCUCGUUCGAUCACACGAGUGCAAAUUCGAGGGCUACGAGUAUACGCACAAUAA